CUGUGGCCGUAUCCCCCUUUGAGUCAUGUUGCUGUUUCUGACGGAGGCGGCGCGACGGACCAAACUCAACCGAAGUCACCGCUCCACCAACGGAAUCGUCUACCAGCGAUACCGUGUUUCUCCACGAUAUCACUCAUAACGGGGGAGAGACAACCUCUCCAAAUUGAACUCAUUUAUUCUCUCGGUCUCCCAUGAGAUAUAAAAUAUGGCCAAAUGGUGUGGAAUAAUGUAUAUAACUUUGAAAAGGCCAUCGUAGAACUGGAAACGCAUUGGGCCGGGGAAGACGGUUGUGAGGUCGGCUAGAGAGGUCGCUUUCCCCGGCAGGACCACCACCCGGCAGCGGUCAGGGAUGUUGACAACCAGCUACUGGUCUGUCGUUGGUUUUUUCGUUUUAUUGGUUUGGCUAGCGAUGGCAACUGGCAGCACACAGAAGUGGCAGCAGCAGACCAGGUCAUGAGGUAUAUUUGCAGUUAUAAUGGAGUAGCCUAUACUAGUUCCAGUGAAGCCGCGGUUUGCUCUGUCGAGCCCCGCACCGUCGAUGCGAUGCAGAGCGGGUAUCCAUGUAUAGGAUAGCGGGUAUCCAUGUAUAGGAUAGCGGUGGGUGGCUUGCUGGUUCCGGGUGACUGUGCGGCGAGUUGUAAUCUUGUAUUGCUUAACAGUGUCAGUCCAAUUUGUUUAGAAUGAGCGACCAUGCUGUGAAGGUUGAGCCUGACCAUACGACAGCAUCUAGUGGAGACAAGGACAAUGUUGUGGUUACUGAGGAGCUGGUGCUCGAUACCUCCCCGGCCGCCAGCCUCUCGCCUCCUGUGCCCUCUUGUGUCCCCUCCGCCGCCGGGGUACAAGGCUCAGCGACGCCCCUCGCAAGCAAGGACAAAGCUCGGAGUCGUAGCAAAAUGGGCAGAGAUGACAGGAGUACAGAGGGAAAAGUAAACACUGAUAUUGGCUAUGCGAUUUCAACCCAUGUUGGUAAGCACCUUAACCGGUUGCGAGGUGAGAAAGUGCUGCAAAUCAAGUGUGCUGGUAGAGUGAUGCAGGGAAAGCAGGAGACGAAUGGCAACUCGACCCACCAACGGCCUAGAGAUCGGCAUGAACCUGGAAACAAGCAUCAACGAAAGAAGAAGCCAGUGACGGUGGAUACAUCCAAAGCAAAAACAUCACUGGAGGCUCUGAAAAUGAGUAUCAAGCAACUUAAAUGGAAAGAGUUUCCCCUGGGCCGCCGGGCCGCCUGUGAUAUCUACUGGCAUGGGACGUCCUUCCACGACAACGACCACAUCGUGUCCGGACAGGUCAACAAGUUUCCAGGGAUGAUAGAGAUGCUGAAGAAGAUAAACCUGAGCAGGGCGCUGCGCACCAUGCACGAACUGUUUCCUGAGGAGUACAACUUCUACCCCCGCUCCUGGAUCCUCCCUGACGAGUACCAGCAGUUCUCUGCUCAGAUACGCGGGCUGAAGGACAGUGACGCGGCGGCCCACCGCACCUUCAUCGUGAAGCCGGACAGCGGCUCCCAGGGCGAGGGCAUCUACCUGAUCCGUGAGGCCAGCGAGGUGCGGCUGGCGGCGGGCUCCCAGGCCAGGCAGGCGGUGGUGCAGGAGUACGUCCAGAGGCCCCUGCUCAUCGACAAGCUCAAGUUCGACAUCCGGCUGUACGUGCUGGUGAAGGCCCUGGAGCCGCUACAGAUCUACAUCGCCAAGGAGGGCCUGACCCGCUUCUGCACCGAGCCCUACCAGGAGCCCAACCAGAAGAACCUGAGCCACGUGUUCAUGCACCUCACCAACUACUCUCUGAACGUGCAGAGCGACAACUUUGUUCACUCGGACAGCCAGAGCACGGGCAGCAAACGUACCUUCUCCAGCGUGCUCUACCGCCUGGCCUCCAAGGGCGUGGACAUCAAGAAGGUGUGGUCAGACGUCAUCUCGCUGGUCAUCAAGACGGUGAUCGCCCUGGUGCCGGAGCUCAAGGUCCACUACCAGGCAGACAUCCCGCCCGGCAAGCCCGGACCCACCUGCUUCCAGAUAUUGGGGUUUGACAUUCUGCUGACCAAGAACCUCAAGCCGGUUCUGCUGGAGGUCAACUCCAACCCCAGCAUGAGGAUAGAGCAUGAACAGGAGGUUGCCCCAGGGGUGUUUGAGUAUGUUUCCAGUCCGGUGGACGAAGACGUCAAAGUGUGUGUGAUCAGGGACACACUGAGGCUGAUGGACCCUGGCCUAAACAAACACGGCCACCCACCUCCAGCAGGGGGCGGUGGCGCGGCCCAACAGGGCACGGUCAUAACGACGAAGGCUGGCCCCCCGGACAAGGCCCCGGAGGAGGAGCCGGGGGACGGCCUGCCCACGCUGUGCCUGAAGCAGGUCUACCCCAAGUACACUAAGCAGUUCCAGUACCUGUGCCUGGUGGACCGCAUCGCCACGCUUUUCCUGCGCUUCCUGGGCAUCAAGGGCAACAUGCGGCUGGGCCCCACCGCCUUCCGCACCUUCAUCAGGUGCUGCAAACUGAGCAACUCCAACCUGCCCAUGGCGUCGGUGGACAUCCUUUACAUCGACAUCACGCGGCGCUGGGCCGCCUCCACGCAGGACUCCAGAGAAGCAGGUCAAACACCCACCCAGACACAUGGCAUGGGGCUGCAGGCGUUCGUGGAGGCCUUCUUCCAGCUGGCCGGGCGCAGGUCCAAGGCGGCCCUGCUGCGGGACCAGGUGGCGUCCCUGCUGGAGGUGUGCGAGGCCCACCUGGACGGCCCGCUGAGUGCGCUCCCCGUGGCGGCGGCGGUCUCCUUGGAGGACCGGCGCUCGCUGAGCCGCGGCCGGGCCAUGGCGCGCGAGGCCUCCAAGCUGUCCCCUUCGUCGUCCUCCUCCUCCUCCACCACCCAUCCCCCGCCGCUAUGCUCCCCUGCGGCCCCGCGCCGCGCCGUCAGCCACGACCAGCGGCUGCAAAGGUCCCGGCACGGCCCGCUCAGGACCAACCUGGAGAACUGAGGGGUCAGGCCUCCCCGGGCCCCGCCCUGAUACCCUCCUCCCGCCUCGCCCCUGAGAGAAGGGUCAGCGAAACAAACUCCAGCUGCUCCGGAGGAGCUCGUCCGUUGUGGCCAACGGGGCGGCCUGCUGUCUGGUUCCUGUAGCUGGCAGCCUUUUAGCUUCUGCAGAAAAAAUAAACAAAUCUCCCGAGGACUGUCAUGAGGUCCAACCUGAUGUGUUACUCACACUAGGGCCUGCAUCGGGCCUUAACGUUCGUAGACGUAUCUCACACCACGGCAGAGACGAUAAUCUGCACCUGUAGAGUCAACGGUCGCUUAUUCUAAUAUGCAACACGUCCAGCCCUCCUGCUGGAAACCCGCAGUCGAGUUGGAACUUGGCUUUUGAGGAUUUAGUGGUUAAGAAGUGUCUCUUGAAUGACAUGCCUGAUCCGAUCACCCUAAAGUCACCGUGGCUCUUUAUACGUUGACUUGAGAUGGAGGUUUUUACUGUUGAUUUUGGUAUCAUUGUACUCCACUUUUACCUUUGUUGUGUGUCCAAUGUUUGGUUGUGCGUGAGUCCUUGGUUGUCUCACGGGUCUGUUUGAAACACACCUAUGUGUUGUGAUGCCUCAGUACCCCCCCCAACCGAGGUGAACCCGUCCUCUGCAGACGAUAAUCUAAGUAUUGGAACCUGCUAAGGAUUUACAUAAACACGCGGCUCAAAUGGAGUUAUUAAUGCCAUCCGACAUCUACAAACCAUUGUGUCUGAAACUCAGGUUUCCGUCCACUUGUGUGGUUUUAACUUGAUUUAAAUUCUAAUGUUUCUCAUAGCAUUUACUAAUUCCUCCAGUGAUGGUGGAGGCUUAAUUGCAUAACAAAAUGCAUAUUUUUGAUAAAUGACCGAUUAAGACCUGACCACAGUAGCAUCAGAGUUUUAAAGAACAUCUUAUAAAUAUUCAUCAACCCAAAGUAUUAAUCAACUUGACACUAAACUUAUGUGACAUUAUGCUAAGCAACUCUAACAGUUAUGCCUUUUAAUUAAAAUACUUUUAAUUAAAGUAAACCAAAAGAAAAGCUUAACUCCAUGAAGGAAGGACCAGAGGCCUGUUUGAUGUUCUGACUCCGCUGGGACCCCACUCCCACGUCCUCCUCUCCAGGGACAACCAUCACUGUGGUGGUAAACUACUGUACACACACUGGUGUGCUCACCAAACACCCACAGGUCUGAACACUGAUGCCCUGUACACCGGUGAGGAUUUGCACAGUACCUUUUUUACUCUUUGCACAUAUAUGAAUGUAAGGGUGAAUGAGUAUAUUUGUAUGCGUGAGCGUAUGACAAUAUUUAUUUGUGGAGGCUUGUUGAAGGACUAUGAAGCCAGUGGCUCCACUGUCUAUAUAGCUCUGUGAGCCGUUUAGCUCAAAAUGAUUCAAUGGGAUAAUAAACAAUGA